AUGGCCCGAAAACUUAAGUUUCUCCGAGAAGGCUCAAGGACCUCCAUCAAUUCGGCCUCCCAAUUCCUGGCCGACAUCCGAGGAAAAGUUGUCCGACCGGAGCAGAUUAUGGUGUCCUUUGACGUGGUUUCAUUAUUCACGUCCAUCCCACCGGACCUGGCACGCGACGUUCUUCGCAAACGACUCGAAGAGAAUUACGACGAGAUGAACAAACCCCUAAAAAUCGACCACUUACUGCAACUGUUUGCUUUCUGCCAACAAACCUUCUUCACCUUCAAUGGCAGAACAUACGAGCAAAUCAAAGGAACGCCGAUGGGUUCGCCAAUAUCCAGCCUGGUUGCAGAACUAGUCCUGCAGGAACUGGAAAAAGUCGCCUUCGACCACUAUGAACCUGCAUUUUGGCGCCGGUACGUGGACGACACGUUCGUCAUAAUUGAAAGGAGCAGACUGGCCGACUUCCAAGACCUGCUCAACGGCAUCUUCCCGGUCUGGAGAGGCGACCCGUUGUCUCAGAUCGCCACUCACACCCUGGAGGAGGGCCACGAAUUCAACUUUGCGAGCACGCGGAUAGUGGCGCGGGCCAGCAAUAAGACAGGACGUGAACUGUUAGAGGCCUGGGUGUCUGGCACCAACUCUAUCAACAGGCACGUUGAAAUACCCCCCUGCUAUCACGCGCUCCGUUCCCGCGGCCAAGGGGCGAGACCCAAUUUCCAGCCAAGGGUGCACGCAGUCACGCCACCGUGA